GUGUGCUGCCACUAGACUGCACCUUGUCUACUUCCGCCUCGUGCGCAUAAUAUACAAAGAUGGCGAUGAACCCUGUCGCGCAGUCGCUGCGAGACGUACAGGCGGAUCGCUGGUUUCGAUUCACCGAGUCUCACUUUUGCGACAAACGUCCUCGAUAAUACUUCACGAUGAGAGGACGAGGCGCAUUCUAUCUCAGCUUCACGGCUCAGAUCCUGCUUUCAUAUGCGCAGGAUUCAAGUCCGCCGGAAAUCUGGAUCAUCGACAUUGAUAACAAUCCGGCGCCUUCACCUGAAAAUGGCCCACCACUUUCAUACUACGCGACUCGCGAUAUGUCGCUCCUGCCAUAUCAGAUACUCGGCAUCGUAGGCGGCUAUGUUCUCUUCGUCCUAAUACUCGGCAGUCUGCUCCUCACCUUCGCGCGACGCCUUCGUCAGCAAGCGCGGCGAGGUUUCGACCGGGGCGUGAAAGACACCGAGAUGACGAAACCGCCGGCACAUGUCAAGGACCACUCGUUCAUGACCUAUAAGAGUCGAGAUGCCUGGGGCGCCGGCAAGAAGAGCAGCGCUGGCAGCACUGUCACUGUCACGCCUGUUGCUGGCCACGGCGCGACCUUCGAUGAGGGGAUCAUCGCGCGGGACAAGCACAAAUUGCAAGCAGGAUUGGCGGACAUCUAUGGCGCAGUAUUCGCCGCCGAGGAAUCAGGCCCGCGUGCAGAACAACGACCAUCAGAUCUACGAUUGACGACAAACUUCGGAUCACCAUAUCAAACGCCUUCACAGUUUCCGAAUAGCGCCGCGUCUAGGAGUUCGAAUACGCCAUCGCAUCAACCGCGUGGAUCCAUCACCAACUUUUCCAAACCCAUGAUGAGCCCGACCAUGAGCGAAAGCCCAUACGCCCCCUUUCAAGCGCAUCAGCGUGUCUCUUCCGACUCACGAGCGAUGCCACGUCAAACAUCCCGUGCGUCUAGGAGUGCAUCAUUAUCACAGGUUGGACAUCACGCUCGAAGACAAGAAGAGGAUGAUGAGGAUGCGUUUCCACCACAAUACUAUUUCGAGCCACAUUCACCUGAGAUUCCUCCAUCACGGACGCCAGAGAUUCAUGGGGUUCCCCCGGCAGUGCCUGCGAAUGCGCUCGACUGGAGCGAUUCAUACCACAUGCCCGCGGAGCGCCCCCGCGCUUGGCCGCAGGCCAAUCCUCAGCGCCCAGUCACCGCGCCACAACACGAUAUGAUGCGUGUUGUUGCAGAAGAGGAACCCGGUUACUCACCUAUCACGCCUUCAACGCCUGCUGGCCGAGCUGCUCCAUCCGCCGGUAAUGUCCACAACGUUCUCCCUUUGCGUCAAAAAAGCAGCCAGAACCUUCGCAACAAUCGACUAGACACUCGAUUGCCCAAUGCACGCAGCCGAGAGGGUCUUCUCUCGCCGGUGUUGCCGUCGCCGGGCAUGCUGUCACCAGGUCCGAUCCUCAACAGGACCCUGGAUAUGCCUGACGACUCAUUCAUGCGCAGCUUCCCAACUGGUAUGCGUACUCCUCUCACGGGCAGUCUUAUGUCGACACAAUCGCAGUUCAAGCAAUACAACCAUGCCGAGACUCGAGCGGAGCGUAAACAGCGAGAGCGCGAGGAGCGGACAGUCCACGGCAUCGUUGAGGAGGAUUUGGUACCCGAUGACCAGGAUGUAUGGGCUUCGACUUACUAAUAAUAUCUACAGCACGAUGAAAUUACAAAAACAUGAUGAUUCUCUCUCAAUUAUUUGUGGUCCACACUUGGAAAGGGGAUGGCAUGUUACGUGAGCACCAUGAUGUAUAAUAUUAGUCAUGCCAUAGGUACCCGUACCAUCGUGUCCAGAUAUCGUGCGAAAUCCAGCACGAGACACCGACGCUGUCCAGUUGAAUAUGCCUACACGCUGUUCCUACGACUGGUUUGGCCUCCUCGCCUCCAUAUCGGAAUUCAUGUACCUCGUUGUUGUUACGGGACAUGGAUACCCGGGCCUCAAUUCCGCCAGAGUGUGACUUUGACAGGUUAGGGUUGUAGGUGGGAGUUCGUCGAGAUAACCCCAACGCCAAGUCCGAGACCAGGAACCCGGAUUGGCACAAAUAAUGUUACGAUGUCUCAGGCGCAACGCUGUGACCGGA